AUGGAUCCGGCUUCAAGCGAAUACUAUUUCCCGCUCUACUCAGCACUUGGGUACUUCGCACUAGUUUUUGGUCUCGGAGAGGUGGCCAGAAUUCUAACUGCCAAAUAUGUGUCAAGUCGAGGAAACUCGCAACUCUUCCUCUAUGAACUGAUUGGAACCAUUCAAAUGUGUACGUGCGUCUACGAGAAUGGAAUCAUUUUCAAAAACUAUGGAUUCCCAGCGAUCUUCCUGUGUGUCGGACUUCUCCUCACCGCCGGUGGAAUCUUCAAUCGUGGCGCCUGGACGAAUUGCGCCCCGAUUUUCGAGCAAUUCAUUUUUGGAAACCUCGGAUCCACUAAAUUCAUCACAAUCCUGUCUGCUCAAUUGAUCGGAGCCACUUUCGCCUCGAAAUUUGCUUAUUUGAUCUGGAACCUGACGGCACCAUAUUCAUCGGCUCAUUUGGAAAAUGCUAGCAACUUGGACUGUCAAACCGCAGGAAUUGUCAUUGCAUUCGAAAUCGUUGGAGCAUUCGUUGUUCGUGUUGUUGUUGCUCAGCUCUUGGCCCGCCCAGCACUUAUCAGACUCAUUCCAUUCGCAAUUUCAGCCUAUUUGACGCUAGCUCUCUACAUCGUUGGAGUACCCGGACUUAACCCAAUUGUCGCCACCGCUCGUCUUUAUGGUUGCCAGGGAAUCGACACUUCAUCGUUCAUGAUUUUGUACUGGUUCUGCCCAGUAUUAGGAUGGCUCGCCGGUGCCUACGUCGUCGGACAGAAGGGACCAGCAAAGAAAACGUCAAAGGAAGCGAAAGCGGAGAAGAAAUUGAAGGCUGCUGCGAAGAAAGCACAAUAA